UCUUUAGCUCGCAAACAAAACAAGCCGCAUUGUAUUUCCUUUUAGUAAUACAGUGAAGUGUCGUCUAAAGUUGAGUUAAAUGAGAAUACGUUUUGUUCAAAUAGCCACAAAAUAAGAGAUUCACGGAUCUGCACUUUAAACGGACCGCCAGUUUGAUAGCAAUCAAGCGUUAGCCAGCUAGGCAGUUAGCAAGCUUCUCCCACGGAGAGGUUACUGGAUGUCACAGAAAUAGAUAGCCGUAGAAAAAUAACUGCAUAGAGGCGCCAACUACAAUUAUAUGCUAAUCCUUUGGGGAAUCUGCACCAGCUGCAACCGUAUUUGCAUAAACGAGGAUAUAAGGCGUUCUUUAAGGCUGCAGUAUCGCAGGCCUCCACUGGGUGGCAGCAGACAAAGGGGGCAGCAGAGGUUUGGAGUCCUCAGGGAAUGAGUGAUGACGUCGGUGGUGCUUGUUGACAGUGGUGGAGCAGUAGAGGAGUAUGUCACUGCAGUGGAGGACCCCCAACAGGAAGAGGCAGCGUGUGCUGGCGAGGUGGAGGGGGAGGUGGAGAUGGAGAUGGAGUACCCGGCCGUGAUAGUGGAGCCGGUGCCCAGCGCCCGGCUGGAGCAGUGCUUCGCCGCCCAGGUGCUUGUCUACGACGACGAGACUUACCUGAUGCAGGGCGUGGCCGAGGAACAGGAGGUGGAGACAGAGGUGGUGGAAACAGUGGAGGCGUCCGUUCAUGGCUCUAACGUGCACUGUUCAGAUAAGACCAUCGAGGCGGCUGAAGCUUUACUCCGCAUGGACUCCCCCUCCAGCCUGAGAGGAGACCGCAGUCCAGAAGUGUUUGUGCCUCCCUGUGUAAACACGCCGGAGUUUCUGCACGCGGCGAUGCGGCCGGAUGUGCUGACGGAGACAGUGGUGGAGGUUAGCACUGAGGACACAGAGCACAUGGAUGUGGUCACAGUUAUAGAAGAGCCUGAGGUACUGGAGAGUGAACGCAGCAAGAGGAGAAAAUCUGGACGGAAACCCAAAACGCCUCAGAGCGCCGUGUCGAACGGUUCUCCUGACCUGGGCAUUAAGAAGAAAGCCAGAGAGGGCAAAGGCAGCACCACGUACCUGUGGGAGUUCCUGCUGGACCUGCUGCAGGAUAAGAACACCUGUCCCAGGUACAUCAAAUGGACUCAGCGGGAGAAAGGCAUCUUUAAGCUCGUCGACUCCAAGGCCGUGUCCAAACUGUGGGGCAAACACAAGAACAAACCCGACAUGAACUACGAGACCAUGGGCCGGGCCCUCAGGUAUUACUAUCAGAGGGGUAUUUUGGCUAAGGUAGAGGGACAGAGACUUGUGUACCAGUUCAAAGAGAUGCCCAAAGAUAUCGUCGUUAUCGACGACGACAAGUCGGAUCCCAGCGGAGAGGACCUCGGCGGGACGGAGAAGUCCUACGAACGCGUUCCGCCCUCUUCGGAGACGCUCUUGACCUCUGACCUUUCCAAAACCCCUUCCAUCCUGAGGGGUGCCGGCAGGACCUUGGUCCAGUCCGCCACGCCCAAAGCCAAGGGCACACUCACAGCAACGCCCGUCCAACGCAUAGUUACGGUCUCCACGGCGACGGACGCAUCCCAGACCCAGCCGUCCCAUGGCACCAUUCUAACCAAUGCCAACGCACCCAGGACUGUGCGGGUUGCCAUGCAAGUCCCCGUCGUCAUGACAACCUCCCUGGGUCAGAAGAUCUCCACCGUGGCCGUACAGUCGGCCAACCCUUCCCUGCUCACCACGGCGCCCACCAGCGUCGGCACGGCGACCGGAGCCAACGCGCCCAAGGUUCUCAUCCAGACCAUGCCGACGAUGGUGCCGGCCACGGCAGAGAACGGAGACAAGAUCACCGUCCAGCUCGCCAAAAUCAUCACCAUCCCUGCCACCCAGGUCGCUCAGUGCCAACUACAGGCCAAACCGGGAGUCGGGGGCACCCCAGCUGGCAUCAACCUCGUGGGCGCCCCGUUGGCACUCAGAGCCAUCACCCCGGUUUCCGUGGCACCGGGCACGCAGGUGGUGAGGCUGGCGGUUCCGGCCCAACAGAACCCAGUGCAGACGCAGACCCAGGUUCCCAUCUCGGUCCAGACCCAAGCGCAGGUUCCGGUUUCGAUCCAGAGCCAAGCCCAGGUUCCCGUCUCCAUUCCGGUCCAGGCCCAGGUCCAGAUUCAGAUUCAGCCGAACCAGUCGAACACCGGGGUCAUCAGCGCCGUGGUGAAAAGCCCAGAGUCCAAAUCGGAAAGCGGCACGGAGCAAACUGUGGUGGUCCAGACGGUUCCGGUUCAGACGCCGACAGUCCAGGCCCAAACCGAGCAAGAGGUGGUCACGCAGGAGGCAGAGGUGGCGACAGAAUCCGUAACGACGACGUUGGAAGUGAAGGAACCGGAAAGCUAAGAACGGAGAAGGACGCUGACGAGUGAACUUUAACGAAACUGACAAACACCCAUCAUCUCCGAUCUCCCUCUCUGCUGCGUCAGAAAUCAGCAACGUUGAGAUGCGGGAUUUGGUUUCAGAAAGGACAAACUGAAACUUUUAAGCCUGAACCAUUUUCAAAAGAUUUCAAAAUUUGGUUACGUUUUUUUUUUUUUUUUUGGAAUAACGAAAUCAGUCCAAGUGACUUCAGAGAGCUCAAUCCAGUUUAUGCAGAGACCCCGUUCGCACUGGAUCUGUACCCGAGAACCAGUUUUAGAAACCGCAGUUUGAAUCAAGUGCUGAGUCUUUCCAGAUGAAAUCCAUCACGGCAUAAGAACAAACACGGAUGAAUUCGUUUCACUUGAGCGGAGUAGGAAGAAGGGACCAGAGCAAACACUAAAGUUCUCAUUGUGUUUUUUUUUUCUCCACUCAGUUAGACACUAACGAUACAAAGCAAAACACUAAAUUAGUUGUAUAUAAAAAGAAACAAACAACCAAAAUGUGAACAUUUGAGGGAGUGUAAAAAGUUUUGACUUUUUAAAUAUCUUGUAUAGUAUUUUUUUUUGUUUGUUUGUUUUUUUUCCCCGUUUUGUUUUGCAAUUGCAAACGCGAAACCAGCAAUUUGUUUCGACUAUCACUGUGAACACACUGCACCUAAUCUUUUGGUGCCAGUGCUUUCCACAGGAUCCUAUGGAGAGAGAAAGAGAGAGUGUCUUCUAACUUUCAACUAAUGAAGAGAUGAAAGGGACUUUGUAUAUAUUUACUAUACAGUUUACGGAUUUGAAAAAAAAUAAAAUAA